AAGCACUUCCGCCGGCCGGGAAGCGGCGGGGAGAAGAGCGGUGUGAGGGAUUGGAUUGCCGGGGAAAGCUCUCUGUCUGCSGCGGAGAUUUCCUGUGAUCGCCAGUGCGAGCUAAAGCAAGGGUUGUUCUUGCCGGCUCCUCAGCUUUCGUAAGAGAACCGAGAAGAUGGUGAAUGUUCUGAAAGGUGUUCUGGUUGAGUGUGACCCAGCAAUGAAGCAGUUUUUGCUCUACUUGGAUGAGUCAAAUGCUUUGGGAAAGAAGUUCAUCAUACAAGACCUGGAUGAAACUCAUGUCUUUGUAUUAGCUGAGUUGGUCAACUUCCUCCAGGAGAGAGUGGGCGAGUUAAUGGACCAGAAUUCGUUUCCAAUUACUCAGAAGUGAGAGAAAACAGAGAAAUGACAUAACUGCAAGUUUUGGAACAAUGAAUUUCAAUAGCUUGGGUUGUUACUGUUUUAAUAGAUAACACUGUGGCUUUUGAGUUCUACAUAGAAGUGGCUACUCUAGUAAAUGCAUCAUUUUCGUAGACAAAAUUGUCUGGAAUUGGAUUUUGUUUCUUGUUUUGAAAGGCUGUGGUAUCUUUAUUAAAAUGCUUAAAAUUAUA